CCCCGGCUAUCCCGGCCCGUGCCUGCCCAGUGCGCAGACGCACAUGCCGUUCCGCGCAUGAGCAGUGCGGCUUGGAGCCCGCCAGCCCGUAUCUCCGGCGCCAGCUACGCCGCUGUGGCUGUCACUAUGGCCCAUUACAAAGCCGCCGACUCGAAGCGCGAGCAGUUCCGGAGGUACUUGGAGAAGUCGGGGGUGCUGGACACGCUGACGAAAGUGUUGGUAGCCUUAUAUGAAGAACCAGAGAAGCCCACCAGUGCUCUGGAUUUUUUAAAGCAUCACUUAGGAGCUGCUACCCCGGAAAACCCAGAAAUAGAGCUGCUUCGCCUAGAAUUGGCAGAAAUGAAAGAGAAAUAUGAAGCUACUGUAGAAGAAAAUAAAAAACUGAAAGCAAAGCUUGCUCAGUAUGAGCCACCUCAGGAGGAGAAGCGUGCUGAAUAGGAUUCUUCUCAGUUGAAAAGACACUGAAAACUGGUUUUGUAUCACUUGAAUAGCUUGUAUAGUAUAUAAUCUUUCCUGAAAAGAUGCUAUAAACUUUUAAUAUGUUAAAUCGUUAAAUCCACUCAUCACACUUUAAUGUUAUAAACACAUAUACAUAGAAUCACCAAUAAAAACUCAAUAUAACUUUCUUUGGGUCUUAAAGCAGGAGAAUCCAAAGUAAAUCUCGAAGAAAAGCUAAAGAGCCACAAAACUUUUCACUUUCAAAAACAUUUUAUUUAUUAUCCAAUUAGGAAUGAUGGUACUGGUUGUAUUUUAGCUAGGAGAUGUAACAUGGAGCUAUUCCUUGGUUGAGGACUUGAGCACAGUAGGCACACUCAUUCUUGACAGUGUAUUCCCAGUAGACAGCUGGACAGAUCUGUGAUGAAUGAUGCUUCUGCAUGGAUUCCCAUGCGUCUUGCUCCUUUAUAUAAUAUGGAACAAAGAACUCUUCUUUGCCACCACUUUGCCUUAGAUAACUUGUGUGUGCCAGUGUGAACUCUGACACCACAGUUUCUUUCUAUGCAAUCAUGCCCAUCUGAUAAUGCUGCCUUGCUGUGUGCUUUAGUGUGUCCUGGUUGCACAGUAGUCUGUGUUGUUUUCAGUUUGCUUAAUGCUGCAGCUACCCUGAUUGUAAUUUACAUAGCUUCCAACUUGAUGAUACACUCUUACCCUGCCUUACUUUACUUAGCUCCUUAGUUGAGCACAGAACAGAAGAGAUAAAUAAAAUUUGGGGUUUACACACCAGCUGUGAUGGAAAGGGGGAUGAACCGUUAUGUCAUAGAUGAUUUAUUAUUUUUUUUGGUUUUUCAAGGCAGGGUUUCUCUGUGACUUCGGAGGCUGUCCUGGAAUUAGCUCUUGUAGGCCAGGCUGGCCUCAAACUCACAGAGAUCCGUCUGCCUCUGCCUCCCAAGUGCUGGGAUUAAAGUCGUGCACUACUACUGCCUGGCUGUCACAGAUGAUUAUAAUAUGUAAUUAUAUAGUGCUUUUUUCCCCCCUCAAAGGUAUUUUUUGAUCCUUGAAUUAGUUUUAUCUUUAUUAUCCCUGUGAAGUAGGUAGGGCAAGUAUGAAAGGAGGUUGGGUGCUGAAUUUUUAGGCCAAAGAGUGAUAUUUAUAUGAAUUUGUUGAUAACUGUAGACCCCCUGGGCAGGUCAGUUACAGCGUGGAGAUUCACUUUCUUGUCUGUACCAUGAGAACUUGUGCUGCCCACCUCACAGGGUUGUUGUGAGGUCAAAUGAGAGUGUACAUGAAAGAUGUGUAAACGGUAAAGUA